AUGAAGGCACAGGCGAUAUUGAACCACGAGAGGUACCACAGCUUUGUGCAAUUUGGUGUGCACAAGCUGCACGGCCGUUUUCUGCUCUUGGAGAACAAGCACAUCGAGGAAUCAUGCACCCGAUUGUUGUCAAGAAUCUACCCCCACAAAAGGCGGUCUCAAAUGACAUUGCUUGAUUAUACACUGCGGUGCAGGAGUUGCUCAUCGAAUCCUUUAAAAGGUUUGAUGUACCUCGGGCUUGAUGCUUGGCAGUCACCAAAUGGGUUCAAUAUCUUAGGAACAGUCGGUUAUCGAUUGAUUGGAGAAGACAAUGGUGGCUUUGAGUUGGAGGCUAUGCCUCUUGACUUUGUACGACUAAAGCAGAGUCAUACAGGUUUGUAUCUGGAUGAAACGGUCCAGCUCAUUGUUGAAAAGUUUGGCUUGAAGGAGAAAAUUUGUGGUAUUGUCACCGACAAUGCUUCAAACAACAAGACAAUGAUUGAGGCAAUCAAAUCUUACCGAUGGCCUCGUUUCAAAGGGAAAACUCAAUGGAUUCGUUGCUUCGCUCAGAUACUCAACUUAAUUGUGCAGGAAACUGGGGAUUCUGGAGACGAUGAGGAUGACAAAGAUAGCAACUUAUCCAAGAAGGACGCGGAGCUGGUAGGCAGGCUCAUCAACAAUGAUGAGAUUGAACUCAAGGAUGAAGAUGUUAAUGAGAUGAGUGAUGAGGAUGAGGAUGAUCGAUACACAUCCAAAUCUUGCAAGGAGAGCCUAUCAAAGUUCCGAGCCAUUUCUAGAAAACUAAAUAAGUCACCCAAUUCCAAGGCUCUCUUUGUAGAGCUCUGUCAGGAUCUGGAAUGUGCAAGCCGCACUCAAUUGGAUGUGAUCCUUGAGUGGCAGAGAGAUAAACGACAUGGCCCCUCUCGAGAAUACCACAUCAACAGCAACAAUAUUGACCUUGCACGUGACCUGAUUGAGGUCCUUCAACCCUUCUACAACAUUACUCUCCAAGUCUCGACUCGCGGGGGAGCUCAGAUUUCAGAUGUUGUUGUCUUCAUUGAUCAGAUUACAAGUCAUCUGUCAACUGCUAUCUCCAAGAAGAAAGAUGAUUUCCCACCGGCUUUGAGGAAUGCUUGUCGUGCUGGCCUGCAGCUCACAAACAAGUAUUACACUUUGACUGACUGCUCACCCUUGUACCGAGUUGCAAUGGUUCUUCACCCUUCAUUCAAGGAUGAAUAUUUUAAGCUUGCUAAUUGGAAUCCUGAAUGGAUUGAAGAAGCAAUCAGGCUGACCCGCGAGAUGUGGGAAACCCAGUAUAAGCCUCCUCCUCCUCAGCCAAGUAACUCACAACCAACUGCUCCUCGUCAACAAACGAAGACUCAGACUGGAGUUCUUGCAGGGUUUAUCAUGACGAUGGGCGGCCCGUCGACCCCCUCAAAUGGUGGACACAACAACGGCGUGCGGGCAACCCUCAUGGGGGUCUUCUCCAGAUGGCACUUGAUGUCCUUAGCUGUCCAGCAACAACUGUUGACGUUGAGCGAUCAUUCAGCUUUGGAAGGGACUACAUUUUUCUCCAAAGGCAGAGGCUUAGUUUGUCUUCCAUAA